CCCGCCCCAUUGAAUUCCCUCAAAAGAUGAGGUUCAUGUUUACUUGCGGAAAAGUGUUUAGAAAUGUGAGAAAUUGGAGGUAUUUCAGUGCAAAAUGUGAACAAAAAGCAAAAAUAAAGUACACAGAUACAAUAAACUUACCAAAGACUCAAUUUCCGGCACGACUGGAUCCCAAAAAGCGGAAUUUAACUGAAAAUGAAAUAAAUGAGCGAUGCUUCCGACCGCUCUAUAGAUGGCAGGAAGAGAACCUUCAAUCCCCGGCUUUUGUUCUACAUGACGGGCCCCCGUAUGCCAAUGGGGACCUCCAUAUGGGGCAUGCUAUUAACAAGAUCCUGAAAGAUGUUACCAUCCACCAUCAUAUAAUCCGUGGCCGGAAGGUACACUACAUACCUGGAUGGGAUUGUCAUGGUCUCCCAAUUGAACUUAAAGCCCUCACAGGGGAUACAUCAUCAGCAGAUCCAGUGGCAAUCCGGAAGAAGGCUCGUGAAUUUGCUCUGAAGACAAUUCAGAAGCAAAAGGCUGGAUUUCAAGCUUGGGGCAUUGCUGCAGAUUGGGCAAAUGACCAGGCAAUCUAUCGAACCACCUCUCCGGAAUUUAUUGCCAAUCAAAUGAGAAUUUUCUUUGAAUUAUUCUCAAAUGGGUUAAUCUAUCGGGAUCUGAAGCCCGUCUAUUGGUCCCCAUCGUCAAAAACAGCCCUGGCGGAGGCUGAACUUGAAUACGAUAGCAAUUUCAAGAGCCCCUCGCUCUAUGUUAGAUUCCGGAUUGAGAACAAACUUCCGGAGAUUGCUGAGAUUGUGAGGGAGAGAAAUCUCUGGGCUCUGGUGUGGACUACAACUCCCUGGACAUUGCUCUCAAAUCAAGCUGUCUGCUUCAGUGAGCAGCUGGAGUAUUGUCUUGUUGGGAAUCCUGAUUCACCGGAUUGCUAUAUAAUCGCUUUGGAAUUGCUGGUGGAAAUCCGGGAACUCUUCCCGCAUCCCAUUGAGAUUCUGGGGAAGAUUGAGACAAACCUCCUGCACAAACUUCAUUACCAGCAUCCAAUUUUGGAAGGAAGUGAGAAGUCCUUCCUCCCUGCUUCACAUGUUUCCGCAGCAAAGGGAACAGGACUCGUUCACACAGCUCCUGCUCAUGGAUUUGAAGAUUUUCUCGUUGGGAUACAUCACAAACUCCCCACGGAGUGUUUUGUGGAUGAACUUGGGAACUACACCAAUGAAUCUCCGGAAUUUCUUCGCAAAAAGAACGUCCUGCAGGAUGGCACGGAAGUAAUCCUCAAAUAUUUGCAAGAGAAGGAAUUAGUGGUGCAUCUGGGGGAGAUUUUACACGCCUAUCCCAUUGAUUGGAGGACAAAACAGCCCAUAAUCAUCCGUGCCAGUGAUCAGUGGUUCAUUAAUACGGAUAAGAUUAAGGAGAAAGCCAUUGAGGAAGUUCAGAAGGUUAACAUUUUUCCACGAAUUACUUCGGUGGCCAGCAAAAAUCUCCUCAUUGCACAAUUGCAGAAGAGACCCUAUUGGUGCAUCUCCCGGCAGAGAGCCUGGGGAGUGCCAAUCCCUGUUUUCUACGGUAAAUCCUCCAAGAAGGUCAUAACUUCCAAGGCUAUUGUUGAGAGAGUUUGUGAGGAAAUCCUCAAGAUGGGGAAUGUGGAUUUCUGGUGGGAGAAAUCCGUGCAGGAAUUGGUUCCGGAAAAGCAUGAGGAAGAGCUGGAGAAGGGCAUGGAUAUUCUGGAUAUUUGGUUUGAUUCCGGAAUAACGUGGUCACAUGUCCUGCAAGGGGAGAAGGUUGCUGAUCUCUACUUGGAGGGUAUUGAUCAAUUCACCGGAUGGUUCCAAUCAUCCCUGAUGACCAGUGUAGCUCUGAGGAAGAGAGCUCCGUACAAAUCAAUCUUCGUCCAUGGCUUUGUGCUCGAUGAGAAGGGUCAGAAGAUGUCCAAAAGUUUGGGCAACGUCAUCCACCCCAAAGACAUUGUGAAGAAGUAUGGUGUGGAUACAAUGCGCUGGUGGAUUGCAGCUCAUGGCACGCAGCACACAUCCAUCCUUCUCAGUGAAAAUAUCCUUCAAGCUUCGGCGGAAAAUGUUCAGAAAAUUCGUGGAAUUUUUCGCUACUUAAUUGGCAUUUGUGGCUCCCUGGAAGUGCGAGACUUCCCCGAAGAUCUCACCAACUUCACCUACUUGGACAGAUUCUUCUUGAGCAAACUCUGGGAAUUCCAUGAUGCUGUAUUCUCCAUGUACGACGCCUACGAAUACAAUCGCGUCGCAACGACAAUCGUCAAUUUCAUCGCCAACGACGUAUCCAGCAUUUAUAUUCAUUUGACAAAGGAUCGCCUCUACUGUGGCACAGAUGCUGAGCUUCAGUGUGUCCAGCAAGUGAUGAAUGCUUGUUUUCUCCUCUUGGCAAAGGCACUUUGGCCAAUUUUGCCGUUCUUAGUGGAAGAAUGCUGGAGCCAUUGCAACGCAAACAUCCCCUUCUACCACAUUAAUGUUGGCACACCUCCAGCUGCGUGGGAGGGCCAGGAGGCGAGGGAGGUCAUUGAGAAAUGUUUGCAGUUCAAGGAGGCUCUCAAUAGAUUAACCCCACAGACAAAUACGUGGAAAUUGGAUGUCGACAUCCACUGCAAUCCCAUUGAUUUUGAGUGCUUGAAGAAACUUCAACCUGAGUGUAGCAACGAGGAAUCCUUUGGGUCGCAAUUGAGUGAAGUCCUCCAAGUUUCCCGGGUUCGCUUGACUAAAAUUGAGGACAAUGCAGAUUUUAGGAUUCACCUCAGCACCAAUGAGUCUCCCCUCUGUCCACGAUGCCGCAGAUUCGCCACUGAGUCGGGGGAUGGGGUUUGUCGUCGCUGUGAUUGGGUUUUAAGAACAAAGAGCCGCUCGGGUAGAAAAUAAAUAAAUUGUAGCACAAUAGGGA